AGGAGUCCUUUGGUGAGAAUGAAUGAGGGCAGUGUCCCGUCUAUAGCUCAGGAGCGCGGUGCAUCCGUUUCGAGUGACUCCUAGUCCGGGCGAGGUGGAGCAAGCUGCGGGAGGCCGUGGGCCCCGAUGGCUUCCGGUUUCCCGCGGCGCCCCACUUUGAAGGAAGCUGGGUUCUGGCGCCAGGACUGAAAUGCUGGCUCCGUGUGCUCAUCCCGGAGGUCGCUGGGUCUGCGUGUGUGCGUGUCGGGGUCUACGAAGGGCACCUGCGCCUGAAACGUGCCUAGGUCGCGUGCGCACGGCUACUGCGGCGUGUGUGGAUGCGUGACCCCGGGCUGGAGCGCUCGAGCUCGUGGCUCCCCAGCCCGGGCAGGGUUAGCAUUAGCGAAGAAGAUCUGGGUUUUCGGAAGGACGGACAAGAUACUGACCCUGGAACAUCCACGGGAGUGACUUUCUUAGAUUCGACACUCUUUCAGCCUUAGGUCUGCCGUUUAGCGGGUGCAACUUUGGGCAGAUGUCUUAAACAUUCAGCUACCGUUUCUUCAGUUAAAACUUUAGGAAUAAGGCAGUAGUGAAGUGUAAAUGAGAUUUCUCUUGCAAGGGUUUAGCUAGUCGCUGCGCGUAGUAGGUGUCAACACAUGGUACGCAUCCACUUCUCUUCAGAUCAUAAACCUUCAGUAUAAUGAUUUGAAGUUGAUACACAUUCCUUUCCACACGAACACGACCUUGCACUAUCUCUCAGGAAGAGCAUGCUGAAGGAGAGGGUCAUGGACUUGGUCACCCAGACGGCCAUCCUGCCUCUGCUGUUUGGCUGCCUGGGGAUUUUCAGCCUCUUCCGGGUGCUACAGCGGAUCCGCUCAAGGGCUCACCUGAGGGAUGCUGUGGUGGUGGUUACAGGUGCCACGUCAGGGCUCGGCAGAGAAUGUGCUAGAGUCUUCCAUGCUGCAGGGGCAAAGCUGGUGCUCUGUGGUCGAAACGUGGAAGCCCUUGAAGCCCUCACCAGUGAACUUGCUGGUUCUCGUACCUCCCAGGGACAGAUGUACAAACCUUACAUAGUGACGUUCGACCUCACAGAUCCUGGGGCUAUUGCUGCAGCAGCAACUAAGAUCCUCCAGUGCUUUGGCUAUGUGGACAUCCUCAUCAACAAUGCUGGGGUCAGCUACCGUGGUGCCAUCAGUGACACCAUAGUGGACGUGGACAGGAAGGUGAUGGAGAUAAACUAUUUUGGCCCUGUUGCACUAACAAAAGCACUCCUGCCUUCCAUGGUCAAGAGGAAGCAAGGCCACAUCGUCGCCAUCAGCAGCAUCCAGGGCAAGAUCAGCAUUCCUUUUCGAUCAGCGUAUGCAGCCUCCAAGCAUGCCACCCAGGCAUUCUUUGACUGUCUGCGUGCUGAGAUGGAGCAGGAUGGCAUCAAGGUGACUGUGAUAAGCCCUGGCUACAUCUAUACCAAUCUCUCUGUAAAUGCUGUCACUGCCGAUGGCUCCAGAUACGGAGCUCUAGACAAGAACACAGCCCAGGGCAGAAGCCCUGCAGAGGUGGCCCAGGAUGUCCUUGCUGCCGUGGGGAAGAAGAAAAAGGAUGUGAUCUUGACUGACUUACUGCCAUUCUUGGCCGUCUAUCUCAGAACUCUGGCUCCUGGGAUUUUCUUCAGAAUCAUGGCCUCUAGGGCCAGAAAAGAGCGGAAAUCCAAGAACUCGUGAUGUUGGUCAGAGCUGCUAGCCUGGAUCAGCCUAAGUACCACCCCUUCCUGGGCUGGGAUUGUUCUGCAAGGGAUUCAUGGCUGAGAACCUGACGGGGGCUGUCUUGCACUCUAAGGUGGACAGAAGCACUUCUGUUCUCUCUGGGGGUGGGUUAGCCUGUUAGAACUAAAAUGUGGAGUUGGGCUGGGACUCUACAGAUGUAAAAUAAAUGACUGAACAGUAGGUCAGAGUUCUCAGUAGAAGAGCCGCAUGUCCUCUGAGGCCUGGACCUGCCAGAUUCCAGAAGUUCUUGUGGAGGUUUGGGAACUAGGUCUCCUCACUGCACCAACUCCAUAUUUGUUUUUUUGGUUUGUUGUUGUUUUCUGAGACAGGAUUUCUCUUGUGUAGCCCUGGCUGUCCUGGAACUCCCUCUGUAGGCAAGGCUGGCCUCAAACUCGGAGAUCAACCUGCUUCUGCUUCCAAAGUGCUGGGAUUAAAGGCGUGUGCCAUCACCGUCCAGCCACCUCUGACUUACUGAAAAUGGAUUCACUGAGCAGGUCAACUUCAUUUCCAAGUUUAGAAAGAGAUUUUUCCUGUUACAGAAACUGACAGCUGAAAUCAUAGGAAGUCUAUUGGCCAUUUCCCCAAAUCAAAGUAAAUCUCCCACAUAAAGCUGUCGUCUUCACUCAGCUCUGGGCCUGCCAAACUGCCUUUUAAGAUCACUUAAUAGAUACAGGUCUGCCCUUAGCUCACUCCCGCUCUUACCCGCCAGCCACCUUAGGUCCCCAUCCCUUUCACUUCUAGUUUAAUGCAUAUCAUUUUAAGUGGCCGUAUGAAAUUUAGGAACCACAAACUAGGAAACAUGCGAUACUUAUUUUCUGAGACUGGUUAAUUCAUGAUAUUGGGUCAUUUUUCCAAAAAUGUACAAGACUUCAUUCUUUAUGGCUGAAGAAAGCCUUAUCUCUGUUUCGUGUCUGAUGCUGGAGACCUAAGCUGGUGGCAUAGCUUAGCUGUUGUGAACAGUGCUUCAGUGCACACUGCUGACAGGUGUCACAGUCUGACUACGUCCUUGAGGUGAACAUCAAGGGGUGGUAUAGUAUAACAGAUCUAGAGUGUUGGUUGUUUUUGUUUUUU